AUGAUUUCAUCGGAUCCAACGGAGUGCUUUCAGACGUGUUCGGAAUGUGACGAUUGCGUGAGUAUCAAUUACCGCACAUCAAACGGCGAGUGUAUUUGGGCGUCUUCAGGAUCAUGGGGUGAUAGCUACGGGGGGGAUUCAUCCUUUGAGUGGUAUCGAAGUUGUAGAUCAAUUUCUGAUAGUGACUUUGCGACGCACGUCACAGGGUGUCUCGCGGAAGCACCUAUCGACGGUUUGUGUAAAGAGUAUAGCGGCAAAAAUUUCCCUGAUUCGACUACUAACUACAUCGGAAUGAUGCCAUACUGGGACGUUUCUGCGGUGACUAACAUGAAUGGUGCGUUUGAAAAUCAGGGAUCCUUCAACGCCGAUAUAUCUAGCUGGGACGUUUCAAGCGUGACGACCAUGGAAAUGAUGUUCAAAGGAGCACUGGAUUUUACUCAAGAACUUUCUGGUUGGAGCAUCGGUUCUGCCACGAGCACAACCGACAUGUUCCUUGGUGCGACAGCAUUUCAGGCAACGUACGCGUGCACGAGCGCAGACGACGGGCCUCCGAACUCGUGCAAGUUACGAAGGUCGAAAUACUGCAUGAGUGCCACAUAUAGUAGAAGAAGUUUGGGGAGUUUUACAGGAAUAACGUGCGAUGGUGCGACGUCUAUGAUCGUAUCGGAUCCAACGAAGUGCUUUGAGACGUGUUCCAAAUGUGACGAUUGCGCGAGUAUCAAUUACCGCACAUCAAACGGCGAGUGUAUUUGGGCGUCUUCAGGAUCAUGGGGUGAUAGCUACGGGGGGGAUUCAUCCUUUGAGUGGUAUCGAAGUUGUAGAUCAAUUUCUGAUAGUGACUUUGCGACGCACGUCACAGGGUGUCUCGCGGAAGCACCUAUCGACGGUUUGUGUAAAGAGUAUAGCGGCAAAAAUUUCCCUGAUUCGACUACUAACUACAUCGGAAUGAUGCCAUACUGGGACGUUUCUGCGGUGACUAACAUGAAUGGUGCGUUUGAAAAUCAGGGAUCCUUCAACGCCGAUAUAUCUAGCUGGGACGUUUCAAGCGUGACGACCAUGGAAAUGAUGUUCAAAGGAGCACUGGAUUUUACUCAAGAACUUUCUGGUUGGAGCAUCGGUUCUGCCACGAGCACAACCGACAUGUUCCUUGGUGCGACAGCAUUUCAGGCAACGUACGCGUGCACGAGCGCAGACGACGGGCCUCCGAACUCGUGCAACUGA